CCUUGUUCUCCUACAUACAUAUCAUGCCUAAGUCAAAACGUUCGCAAAUCGUAUCUCUCACAAAAGUCGCGAAAAAGACGCGGGAGCAUAAAAAUCUACUCUUGGCCGAGGUACAACAAAAUGCCGAAAAAUGGAAGUACUGCUGGUUGUUUCAAGUCGGCGCGAUGCGAAAUGCUCAUCUAAAAACUGUGCGAAAACUAUGGAAAGAUUCUGCACGGAUAUUUUUUGGUCGAGGAGCGGUAAUGGCCAAAGCAUUGGGCACGACAGUAGAAGAAGAGCACCGAAUGGGACUCCACCAACUAGCCCAGCAAAUAAAAGGCCAGGUAGGGCUGUUUUUCACAGACUCGGAACCUCAAGAAGUGACAGAGUGGUUCAACGAUUUCCAACAAGCGGAUUAUGCGCGAACGGGAAACAAAGCUACGCGGACGGUGAUACUACCUGCAGGACCUGUGAUGCGGGUGCACUCUGACCCGCCUGAACCGUUCCCACAUAACGAGGACCCACAGCUCCGGAAGCUGGGUCUUACGACAUCGAUGAAGCGGGGUGUACCGACGCUUGAAAAUGCUCAUCGGGUAUGUGAUAAAGGGAAGGUUUUGACGGGCGAGCAGGCGCAGCUACUCAAACUUCUUGGUGAAAAGAUGGUGGUGUUCAAGGUUGGGUUGUUGGCAAGGUGGGACGCUGCUAGUGGGGAGGUUGUUCAAGUCGAGGGUGGAUGUACGGAUGUAGAACCGGAAGGUGAUGAGAUUGAAAAUGAGGAUGAGAUGAGCGAGAUGUAAAGAUUACCCUUUCAAUUACGAAGACGACUGGACACGUAUGUGUUUAUCAAGUUCUGUCACGAAAAUAAUUGGCAAGAUUCACUGUGCGGACGGUGCUAUAGCAUAACAUGUAUCAGUUCGAUAAAAGGUUACAGGAAAUGUUUCGCCUUCUCUGUGCGGCACGGCACGUGGUGAUGGAGGUAGCGAAAGUCUAGAGAAAAUGCCCCUAACAAAGUCUGUAACUGACACACCUCCCACAUAUGAUGAGAUCUCCUUGUCCGCAUCACUGUUAGAUU